AGAAUAGCUUUCUCAACAAAGACUUAUAUCUAAGUACAUUUUUGGCACUGGAGCGCCCCUUGACCGCCUUUCGUACUUACUAUCUAGAUUAUUGUUGCCUCUCCCGCGUUCUCCGAAAAGCAACACCGUCUCAUUCUUUGCUUGGUACCUAAGAACUCCAUAUCAUCGAAGUACUGUCAGACGUCCACAUCUUUCGGCCUCCUUGCACAGCGAAAUGUCUGAGAUGCCAAGAGACGCUGGAACACUUAAAUUUCCGAGCCUAUCCCCAGCUAAGGAGUCGCCACCAUCACCCUUCUACACCAUGCUCGAGUCGGCACCACCAGACUACCUAACACAGCGCGACGAGCCAGGCAACUUCUCACCUACCUUCCCAGUAUACAACUUCUUCUACGGAACCCUCACCGACCCCGCGCAGCUGAGUAGAAUCCUCGACCUAUCGGAGGAGCCUCAGCUCCGCGAAGCGGAAGUAUUCGGUUACGCCGUUGCGAGAUGGGGUGAUUAUCCUGCCUUGAUCAAUAGCAAACAAGGCGAUGUAGUGACGGGACGUGCGUAUCUCCUACGAUCUGCUGAGGAGGCACAGAAGUUAGCCUCGUAUGAGACGAACGCGUACGAAGUUGCGGACUGCUGGAUUUAUUUCAAGGACGGAAGGGAGCCUGCGGAGGCUGGCGGGAAGGUUUUUGUGUAUGCUGGAGAUGCGCGGGCAUUACUGGAGCAGCGGUUUGAUCGUAAGCUUUGGAGCAGACAGAUGGGUAGGAAGUUGGGAUGAUGGUCUUCGUUGACGGGGUGGGCCUGCUGCGGCUGUUUCUUCUCUUGCCUUUCUCUUUUGCUUGGGGUAACGGAAUGCAUGAUAUUUGCUGCUCGCAAGGUAUAAGGGGA